UAACUGACCUAAAACAGGGAAUUUUUUUACUAGGAUUAAAUGUCAGGAAAAACGGAGUUUAAAUAUAUUUGGCUAAGGUGUAUGUAAACUUCCGACUUCAACUGUAUAUAGCAGUUUGUUUUCUCCAUCACAUGCAAUCGAUAGAUGCCCAUCACCAUAUGUAUCUGUCCUGUACCUAUUGGCUACCACAACUCUUCUUUUUGGUCAAACCUGUGCAGGUGACGACUGCCUGGUGUAAAACUCAAAUAUCAGAUGUCAAGAUGUUGUUGUUUUUUAAAGAUGACACUGAACAAGUAUAUUGUUUGCAAACAAUAGCCCAAGGCUACUUAUUUACAUAGGCCUACAUAAUAAUAUUGGACCUAGACUGAACCCUUUGUUUCAGACAGAAUAAAAAACAAAAUAUUAUUUUAAUCAAUAUGUAUUUUUUUCUUGGGAAAUGGUGUAAUUUUCAUAUUCAAACAUGUGCGGGGGAGAGUUGAGUCAUGACAUUAGCCCACGCAAGCUUCCACAUCCACUUAUCCUCGAGAGGCGGACAAAAACUUCACCUGCCCUUCAGCUCCGCCCUCCGGUUUGCUCUCCCGCCUCUUACCCGGUCCCACUGCGCCCGCUGCGCUGCCAACCACCGGGUAGAGUCAACAUGGUUCAUCCACCGAAGCUGUAGGCGACGAUAAAGACACCUCUCCGUUUUCAACUGAAUCCAGAACAGACACUGCCAAAAAAGACUGAAGCCUGAGAGAAACACUCUGACUGAAGAUUGUAUCAGGAUAUCUCAGGUUACUGCUAGAGGGACUGUGAAGAUGUCAUUGACCAUCGCUCUCCAUCUCCUGGCAAUGGUGGCAAUGUGUGACCAGGUUAAAUCUCAUCGCAUCAACUUCUACAAUGUCAAACCUCCUGUGGAAGCCACUCCGUUCCCUAAGAGCUUCAAGUGCUUCACCUGUGAGAGAGCUGUGGACAACUACACCUGCAACCGCUGGGCUGAGGACAAGUGGUGUCCACCGAAUAGCCAGUUCUGUAUGACAGUGCACCAUUUCACCAGUCAUGGCAAGACCAUGUUUGUGACCAAGAAGUGUGCUGCUCGUGAGGAGUGUCAUACGUCUGGCUGUAGACACCACAGGGACACGGGUCACACUGAGUGUGUGUCAUGCUGUGAGGGUAUGAUCUGCAAUGUGGAGGUCCCUACCAACCACACCAAUGCUGUGUUUGCCAUGAGGCAGCAGGCCUACAGCUCAGCCCCAUCCCAGACUCCUGUUAGGACGACGUGGAGCUGCUGCUGGCUGACGUUACUGCCCACUCUGGGCCUGGGGCUGACCAGGCUGGUCCUACUGUGAAACUACUGUCCCUCAGACCAGGUCCCUAUAGAGGGGACCAGACUGGACCAGACCAAAAUGUCCCUCAGACCAGGUCCCUAUAGAGUGGACCAGACUGGACCAGACCAACAUGUCCCUCUGACCAGGUCCAUAUAGAGGGGACCAGACUGGGCCAGACCAACAUGUCCCUCUGACCAGGUCCCUAUAGAGGGGACCAGACUGGACCAGACCAACAUGUCCCUCUGACCAGGUCCAUAUAGAAGGGACCAGACUGGACCAGACCAACAUGUCCCUCUGACCAGGUCCAUAUAGAGGGGACCAGACUGGGCCAGACCAACAUGUUCCUCUGACCAGGUCCCUAUAGAGGGGACGAGACUGGACCAGACUGGACCAGACCAACAUGUUCCUCAGACCAGGUCCCUAUAGAGGGGACGAGACUGGACCGGACCAACAUGUCCCUCAGACCAGGUCCCUAUAGAGGGGACGAGACUGGACCAGACUGGACCAGACCAACAUGUUCCUCAGACCAGGUCCCUAUAGAGGGGACGAGACUGGACCGGACCAACAUGUUCCUCUGACCAGGUCCCUAUAGAGGAGACCAGACUGGACCAGACCAACAUGUCCCUCAGACCAGGUCCCUAUAGAGGGGACGAGACUGGACCAGACUGGACCAGACCAACAUGUUCCUCAGACCAGGUCCCUAUAGAGGGGACGAGACUGGACCGGACCAACAUGUCCCUCUGACCAGGUCCCUAUAGAGGGGACCAGACUGGACCAGACCAACAUGUCCCUCUGACCAGGUCCCUAUAGAGGGGACCAGACUGGACCAGACCAACAUGUCCCUCUGACCAGGUCCAUAUAGAGGGGACCAGACUGGACCAGACCAACAUGUCCCUCUGACCAGGUCCCUAUAGAGGGGACCAGACUGGACCAGACCAACAUGUCCCUCUGACCAGGUCCAUAUAGAGGGGACCAGACUGGGCCAGACCAACAUGUCCCUCUGACCAGGUCCAUAUAGAGGGGACCAGACUGGGCCAGACCAACAUGUCCCUCUGACCAGAUCCCUAUAGAGGGGACCAGACCAACAUGUCCCUCUGACCAGGUCCCUAUAGAGUGGACCAGACUGGACCAGACCAACAUGUCCCUCUGACCAGGUCCAUAUAGAGGGGACCAGACUGGGCCAGACCAACAUGUCCCUCUGACCAGGUCCCUAUAGAGGGGACCAGACUGGACCAGACCAACAUGUCCCUCUGACCAGGUCCAUAUAGAGGGGACCAGACUGGACCAGACCAACAUGUCCCUCUGACCAGGUCCCUAUAGAGGGGACCAGACUGGACCAGACCAACAUGUCCCUCUGACCAGGUCCCUAUAGAGGGGACCAGACUGGACCAGACCAACAUGUCCCUCUGACCAGGUCCAUAUAGAAGGGACCAGACUGGGCCAGACCAACAUGUUCCUCUGACCAGGUCCCUAUAGAGGGGACGAGACUGGACCAGACUGGACCAGACCAACAUGUUCCUCAGACCAGGUCCCUAUAGAGGGGACGAGACUGGACCGGACCAACAUGUCCCUCAGACCAGGUCCCUAUAGAGGGGACGAGACUGGACCAGACUGGACCAGACCAACAUGUUCCUCAGACCAGGUCCCUAUAGAGGAGACGAGACUGGACCGGACCACAUGGAGGAUGUGUGUUUUUACAAGUCUGAUGGUAAUCUGUGAUAAAGAUGUCACAUGGAUCGAUCAAUCACAAAGGACUACAGCAGUGUCAUAAUGACUGAUGCUUGGUUUACCAAUGGCCACUGAUGGUGGUCCUGGCAAUGCUAAUCAGGUGUUCACUGUUUGGGAUUCCACAUGGACCAGGAAGAAGAAAUGAACUGACUGAACACAGGCAGGAACAGCAUGUUCCAUUCCCUUUGGAUUAGGGAGAAUUCUGGGAAACGAUCAAUGAAAGACAUGGAAUCUGGAGCUUAGCUCUGUCAAAGUCAAUUUAUGAAUACUUGAUCCACAGUAUGUCACAAAUAAGAUACAUUUAGCACAUGAUUGUUACGAAAUAUUGUUGCUUGUAUUUUUGUAUAACAUAACUUUAUAUAACAUAACUAAAAUAAAAUGGAAAGAAUGUGAUUUAGUAAAAAUGUAAAAUUCUGUAUAUGUUGCUUUACACAAUAACAUACCUAAUACCAGAUUAGAUAAUCUUUAAAUCUAGAGACUACAUUUACCAGUGGUAUUAUCUCUUUAAAUCUAGAGACUACAUUUACCAGAGGUAUUAUCUCUUUAAAUCUAGAGACUACAUUUAUCAGUAACAUUGCAGAAGACCCAUGUCUUUGAUCAUAUGGUGCGCAUCAUACCCUUAUAUGGAUCCUAGCAUGUGAGGCUGACACGCAACACCAGGCUUUGUACUGGCCCUGUUUCUGCGUCAUGUUCUGAAGAGGUUUUAUCACAUCUGAUCUUAGAACUGGAAAUCUGACAAACAAGCACUAAGAUGGAAUGUGACAUUUAAUUAUACAUAAAAACAUGCAAUGUCUGGUCAGUUAUAUGCAAAAAUGAUCAUUGUCAUAAAGUUGUGAGAGAUAAGGGAUAUUAUGACUUCCUCUGUCAGCAACAUAAAGGUUGACCUAAGGAAUUAACCUUCUUAUCAUGUUUUAUUGAUAUCUAAUGAAUAUGUCAAGAAACCACGGAAUUUUGCAUUAUUUAUGACCAAGUAAUAACUUUUCCUAUGAACUGCUAUAAAAUACUGGCUGUUCCUUGUUUUCUCAGAGCUUGAUUACCGUGACUGACUGGAUACAUUGAAAUGGCAAAAGCUAAAAGAUCAUUUUCACACUAACCUUAUUAGUUUUGUGAGGAAUCGUAAAAGGGCAGUUCGUAUUUGCACAAUCUCCACCGUAUGCACCUAGCACAUUUGGUUCCUUGGAAGUCUUGGUUUCCCGAUUGGUUCUGGGAAUGAAGCCAUAAGUUUCCUGACCGGUAAAACUGAACGUAUUUUAAACGUUCUGAGAACGGAAGUGAACAUUUUGCCUGUUAACUUUAGUUUAUUAGGAUCCCCAUUAGCUACUGCACUCUACAAACGACAUACAAAUGCAUGAGAAAGUACAGAACAGUU